CCAUCCAUAUUUACUUCGACGCGUUUGUCUUCAUCGCCAACCUCUGUCGGAGUCAGUCUUUCUGCCGGGGAACCAAAACUUAAACAGGAAGCGGACGAAGGGGAAAAGCCUUCUGUAGAAGAGCUCAAGGCUCAGAUCUUUGAGCUUUUGGCGGUUGUAGAAACACUGAAAAAAGAACACGGGAAAGAACUGGAAAGAUUGAAAAAAGACCUGGAGGAAGAGAAGCAGAUGCGAAAUAACCUCGAGGCAGAAAUAGAAAAGCUCAAGAAAGCUGUCUUGACGACAUGAGAAGCACCACGGACCGUUCGUCCUUAACCUGCCAGGAACUCAGAAAGAAGUUGAUCUUCCUACUUCAAACCAAUGAAUGCUAGCAUUCCAUUUUUUU